AUGCCAGAUUUUUGUCGUCUCUGUCAAAAACCGGAUCAUUGCAAAGCCGAUUGUCCUGAUGCCAAGAGGUACACGCAAUGCUACAACUGCAAUCAACAUGGACAUGUCAGCCGCAACUGCCCUAGACAGGAUAACACUGACACCCCCAACAAGAAGCCCACUACAAUCCCCAGGAAAGAUCGCAAGGUACCUACUCCCAUCAUUCCCCGAGAGCCCAACCCUCCCAUUGGCCCUAGAGUGGUAGUAGCCAAGACCCAGGAAACCACAGACACUGAGUCAGUCAAGAAGCAACAGCAACAGAACAAGUCUGAACCCACCAUGGAAGAGGAAGAAGAAGGUACUGAUGAGGACAACAUGAAUAUUGAUUCUCCCGCUCCUCAACCCAAAAGUAACAAUGAUGGCGUUACACCAAAUGCAUAUGCUGCGAGCGCACAGACAUCUGCCAACAACACGCAAACAUUGACAUCAUCCAAUGCAGCUGAAUCAACUCUGAAUGGACAAGAGCUGAUCAAGCAAUUUAUGCCUGAUGACAGUAUGAAGGAGCCUCUCAUUCAGGAACAACCAGAUCUGGAAGAUGGCAGAGAUGGCAAAAAGCUCAGAACGGAGCAGGAACAGCGCGCCAAUCUCACCAGGCGCUUCACCAGAGGCAGUGCAGCCAGCAAAUUCAACACCGACACCGACAAGGGCGGCAAAGGAGCUUCAGACGACUCCCAACGGCAGGAAACAUCAGAAACUGCUUAG